AUGAGAUUUUGGAAGAAGGGGAAGCUUAGUCCCCGCUAUAUUGGUCCAUAUAGAAUCCUACGAACGAUCAAACAGGUGGCUUAUGAGUUAGAAUUGCCACAAGAACUAGUUGUUGUACACCCAUUGUUUCAUGUGUCCAUGUUGAAGAAAUUCAUGGGAGACCCGUCACGUGUGGUUCCUACAGAGAUUAUAGGGGUUAAAGACAGCCGGUCUUACGAAGAAAUUCCAGUGGCUAUUCUUGAUCGCCAAAUCCGCAAGCUCAGAACUAAGGAAAUUGCUUCAGUAAAAGUUCUUUGGAGGAAUCAAAAGGUUGAAGAGGCUACAUGGGAAGCCGAGGAGGACAUGAAGUCCAGAUAUCCCUAUCUCUUUGAAGAGCAAAAGGAAAAUUUGGAAGUUAGUCCUGAAGUGGCUCUUAUAGCGUUGCUUCGUUCCAAGUACGCUGCUUAUGUUAUGAAGCUACAGGUUAUCACUAUCAAUGGGAUGUUUCCAGGACCAUUGAUCAAUGCGACGACUAAUGAUAUUGUAAAUGUGAAUGUCUUCAAUAACAUGGAUGAAUCCUUGCUUAUAACAUGGAAUGGCAUCCAACAGAGGCUAAAUUCAUGGCAAGAUGGAGUUUCAGGCACAAACUGUGCGAUUGAACCUGGAACAAACUGGACAUAUGUGUUUCAGGCUAAGGACCAAAUUGGAACUUUCACCUACUUCCCUUCAAUCAACUUUCAGAAGGUUGCUGGAGGAUAUGGACCAAUUCGAGUCAAUAAUCGCAACGUCAUAGCUGUUCCAUUCCCAAAACCAGAAGCUGAGUUUGAUCUCCUGAUUGGCGACUGGUUCAGUACUGAUUACAAGUCUCUUAGGUCCUCUGUACAAGACAGGGAAUCUAGUCAGCUCUUCGAUGUCCCUGAUGCAAUCCUGAUGAAUGGUAAAGGACCAUACGAGCUUUCAAUUUCGAAGGGACGUGAGUCUUUUACCGUAUCAAAAGGGAUGACUUACAGAUUCAGGAUAUCAAAUGUUGGAACUGUCAUGAGUUUUAACUUCAGAAUUCAAAACCACAAGAUAGUCUUGGUUGAGACAGAAGGGUCUUACACUAAUCAGAUAACACUUGACUCUCUCGAUGUGCACGUUGGCCAAUCGUAUUCUGUUCUCGUUACUGCUGAUCAAAAUGAAGCUGAUUAUUUCAUGGUAGCAAAUCCUAAAAUGUACAAAAGUAAUGAAUCUAGUGAUAGCAAAUCUCUUGAAGGAAUAGGGAUCCUGCACUAUGCCAAUUCUUUAACAACAGUUAGUGGUCCUCUCCCUUCCGGCCCUGAUCCAUUUGAUAUCGAAUUUUCUGUCAAUCAAGCCAAAUCUAUCACGUGGAACCUGACAACUGGAGCUGCAAGGCCUAAUCCACAAGGAACAUUCAAUGUAUCAAAUGUGACAUUGACCCAAACCUUUAUCCUUCAUGGUUCAAAGGGUGAAAUUAAUGGUUGGCCGCGAUAUGUAGUCAACAACGUAUCCUAUCUCACACCAGAGACACCAUUAAAACUUGCUGAUUACUUUGUGAAUGGAUCUGGUGUCUACCAAUUAGAUCGAUUUCCCACUCACUCAGUGAAUGACGCUGCAGCUUAUGGAGUUUCUGUUGUGUCUGGAAUCCACAAAGGGUGGCUAGAAAUCGUCUUCAAAAAUGAUCUUGAUGUUAUGGAUUCUUGGCAUUUGGAUGGUUUCGGAUUCUAUGUUGUAGGAUUUGGGAAUGGAGAUUGGACACCAGCAGCUCGUGAAACGUACAACAUCUUCGAUCCUGUUGUUCGUUCCACUGUCCAAGUUUACCCUGGAAGAUGGACAGCAGUAUAUGUUUUUCUUGACAAUCCUGGAAUGUGGAACUUGAGAUCACAGCACUUAAAGAAUUGGUACUUAGGACAAGAACUUUUUAUUAGAGUUUUCGACGAUAAUCCUAACCCUGCUAAGGAGAGACAACCACCUCAAAACCUUCUUUUGUGUGGGAUGUUUGAAAGUUCUCUUUCACCUGUUCCAAGUCCAGCUCCAGCUCCCCAAGCAGGAUGGUGAAAGGAGUUCUAUUAUUACGUGAAGAUUUAUGAUGUUAAUUUAUAUUAUUCUAUCUUAUAUGUCAUGACUAAAGUAAUACUUACAUUUGAAAGUAAAAGCUUGAGGCUUAAACAUUGUUUAAUUUUGUUGUAAUUGAUUCUUUUUGCUAUAUAAAACUGCAAAUUUCCAGUUCA